AUGGAAAAACCUCCAAUAAAUCAAGAAAAUAACUGGGAUUCGCAAUCAGUCGACAAUUAUCAAUCCGUUGAUAAUAUUAAAAGGCAAAUGCGGAAAGGUAACUGGACAUAUAUAUGGCGACAUCCUGAGAUUAGAGCGAUCAUAAGAGUAUUCUUGCACGAACUCAUCGAUAAACAACCGAAGAAUGUUUAUGAAUUUUCAGCGUCUUUAUUUAAUUGCAAUAAUACUCCACUGCUAGUAACAAAGGUUAAUAAGCAAUUACAAAUUGUCAAUAAGGAGUUGAAGAAGGGCCAAUGGUCGCAUCAUGACUGCGAUAUGGUUUUCUCUGAAACGGAUUCAAGUCAUUCCCUUCUUUCAUCAUCUUCGGUGGGCCCUGAUAUCGACAGUAUGUUGCGCUACGCUGUUUUACUCAGAGAUAAAAAUAUAUCAAAAAAAUGA